AUGCUGGAUCUUCGCUACUCCUCAACAAAACGCAAUUUAAAUUUCACGUCGUCUGUUGUUUUUUUUCUGUUCGCCAGACGGAAAACUUCAAAUGCACGUCUCUCCCGGCCAGAGAGCUCUGACGCGUCUCUACUCCUUACGAAUGGCAAUAGGUGCGGUCUCCAUCGCGCGUCUCCCGUUUCCAAAGGCGCGUACAUUCCUUACUCCGUCGCCGCAUUGAUUUAUGUGUCCGUCGGUGGCGGUGGCGGGGGCGGCGAGGGCGGCAGCCCGGCGCUCGCAGAUUCGGCGCGCGUCCCCGCCGCCGCCGCCGCCCGCUCACCUCGCGCCGACUGGCAGCUGGCAGUGCCCAUAAAUCCGCCUCCGCCGACGCCGUCGUCGCCGCCCCCGCUGCCGCCGCCUGCAGAUUUUCCGGUGCGCGUGAGAAUAAGCGCAUCAGCGUCGCGGAGGGACGCCGCCGGCGCGGUCACGUUCCUCGGCGUACACGGCUCGGACAACGCGCCGCCGUUCACAGGGCGCCCCGCGCCGCCCGCCGUGAGCCGCCUGCUGAGGCGACACGUUGGCGCUGCAGAGAGCCGCCUCGCCCACGCGGCCCACGGGCAGCUCAAGAGGCCCUCCGGAAUGGGAAUUCACCAAAUGAAGUCGAAGGGCUUGAGGCAGUAGCAGCGACAUCCACACCACUCAAAGAAAGGCUCCCGUUAUCAGUAAAUAUUAAUAUCUCCAUGGUAAUGUGUGCG